CCUUGUCACUCAGCUGAACUCACAUCUCCUGUCAACAUGUCCUACAACUGCUGCUCCAGAAACUUCUCCUCCUGCUCCCUCAGGGGCUACCUGCGCUACCCAGGCUCCUCCUGUGGCUCUUCCUACCCCAGCAGCCUGGUCUACAGCACCGACCUCUGCUCUCCCAGACCCUGCCAGCUGGGCUCCUCUGUCUACAGGGGCUGUCAGAAGACCCGCUGUGAGCCCGCCAGGUGCCAGACGUCCCGUGUGGUGUCCAGCCCCUGCCAGGUGUCCUGCUACCGCCCGAGGACCUCCAUGCUCUGCAGUCCCUCCCUGUCAACUUACUCUGGGUCUCUGGGCUGUGGGUCCAGCAGCUUCUGCUCCCAGGGCUGUGGACCCAGUGCCUUCAGACCCCUGGGUUAUGGAGUCUGUGGUUUCCCUUCUCUGAGCCACGGAUCCAGAUUGUGCCGCCCAACCUACUUUGCCCCCAUGUUCUGCUAAUCAUUGUGUUACAGGCCAACCUAUGGAUCUUGUUUCUAUAGAUUAACUUGUUGAGGCUCCAGAUCCUUUUGAGCAAUGUAUCCAACCACUAAACAGAGUUUACCAUCUUCAUGAGCUUCAGAAAAAAUUUGCUGAUUAGCUGCAAUGUGCUGUCCAAAAAACUGUCUCUAGUAUGUAUUCAACUUAAUGAUCAAUUCUAUUGGAUGAAUUACUGAAAUUAGUGGAAUUAAUGAAAUAAACUACUAAAUCAAUUAA